UUAAACGUUACAGAUCUCCGCCGUUCUGGAGACAUAAGGAUCUGAUUCCAUUAGUACAAGGUUUAGAACCAGUAGAGGAGGAUGAAACUUAUGAGCUAGAAGAAAAAAUUGAUAUAGAUAUGUCAGUUGAAAAUAAAGAAUCUAACAAAGCUGACGAAGAUCUUGUUGAACAAUUAAAUAAUGAGACUGAUGACAAACUUGUAGAUGCGCUUGAAGAAUAUGAAGGUGAGAAUGAUGAUUUUUUUGAGGAAGUUGAUGAAUCAUGGGAAGAAACCGAUUUACUUAAGAGUCAAGAGCAGUAUAAGGAUCUAUGGUUUUUAUUAGUGGCAAAAGAGGCAAUGAAUAGGAUAGAAAAAAUGUUAACUAAGUGUAAGGCGUUAAAAAAUCAAAAAAAAUUACCAAGAACGUGGAAAGAUUGUGAUAAGCAAACAAUGUUUUAUAAAUUUUAA